AUGUUUUGGACAAGUAUUGCAAUGGCAAAAAGUUACGGCAUGAUUCUCAACAGCUUCUACAAGCUUGAAGCAGCCUAUACUGACUUCUGGAACAGAUGCAUUGGGCCCAAAGCCUGGUGUGUUGGUCCUCUAGCGGAAGCCAAGCCACCAGUAUUAUUAGCUGAAGAAUCUGCAAAGCCAAAGUGGAGGCACUGGCUUGACAAAAAAUUGCACAAUGGAAAGUCAGUUUUGUACGUGGCAUUUGGAACUCAGGCUGAAGCAUCCCAAGAGCAACUGCUUGAAAUUGCAAAUGGUCUAGAACAAUCUAAGGUGAAUUUCUUGUGGGUCAUAAAAUCAAAACGGCUGGAGAUCUUGCAAGGGUUUGAAGAAAGGGUGAAGGAUAGAGGGAUCAUAGUGAAAGAAUGGGUAGAUCAAAUGGAGAUACUUAGGCACGAGAGUGUAAAAGGGUUCUUGAGCCAUUGCGGAUGGAACUCAGUUACUGAAAGCAUGUCAGCCGGCGUGCCCAUCUUGGCGAUGCCAUUCAUGGCUGAGCAACAUCUCAAUGCAAGACUUGUAUCGGAGGAGGUUGGUGUAGGCCUGAGAAUUAUGCCAUGCAAUGGAUCUGUGAGGGGCUUUGUGAAGUCAUCGGAAGUGGAGAAGAGAGUGAAAGAACUGAUACAAGGAACGAAAGGGGAGGCGGUAAGGAAAAAGAUGGAAGAGGUUGGAGAAGCUGCUUGUGAUGCAAUGAGAGAAGGUGGUUCCUCAUGGGAAACUCUAGAUCAACUCAUCCAUGAUAUAAGUAACUACACAAGAUUAACUCCUCUUAAUCAUGGAUUGGUAAGUGAACCUAGGACAGUUUCAGUUAGUUAA